GAAAUUAAUCAAUUUCGUAAGCAAAAUAAUAAAAAAUCAUUUUUCUAGGAAGCAGAGGAGGAGAGUCCUACCAAUUCAUCUUCUCUCUCUCUCUAUCGGCUCAUAUCUCCAAAAGACCUAUCCAAAAAAAAAAAGUUUGAGUCUUUACGAAUUCCAAAGAAGCAAUGAAAAACCCUAUCCAUAUGUAGCUCUUUUCGAUUCCGUAAUCACCACAAACUCUUCCUUUCAAUGGCGUCAACGCCGCCUCACUGGGUCACCACCACCAACAACCACCGUCCAUGGCUUCCUCAGCGUCCUCGUCCCGGUCGCUCCGUUACCUCAGCUCCUCCCUCUUCUUCAGCCUCUGUUUCUUCAGCUCAUCUUUCACAGACUACUCCAAAUUUCUCUCCUUUGCAAACCCCCAAAUCAGAUUUCUCCGGUCGUCAAUCUACCCGAUUCGUCUCCCCCGCCACCAAUAACCACCGUCAGACCAGGCAAAACCCAAACUACAACCACCGUCCGUAUGGUGCCUCUUCUUCUCCUCGUGGCUCAGCUCCUCCGCCUUCAUCUGUAGCUACUGUAGCUCCAGCUCAACUAUCACAACCUCCUAACUUUUCGCCUCUCCAAACCCCAAAAUCCGAUCUUUCAUCGGAUUUUUCAGGUAGACGAUCGACUAGAUUCGUCUCCAAGAUGCAUUUCGGGCGGCAGAAGACGACAAUGGCUACGAGACAUAGCUCUGCUGCUGAAGAUGCACUUCAAAACGCUAUUGAUUUCUCUGGAGACGAUGAGAUGUUUCAUAGUCUAAUGUUGAGCUUUGAGUCAAAGCUGUGUGGCUCUGACGACUGUACCUAUAUAAUCCGUGAGUUAGGGAAUCGUAAUGAGUGCGAUAAAGCUGUUGGCUUUUAUGAGUUUGCGGUUAAACGAGAGAGGAGAAAGAACGAGCAGGGGAAGUUAGCUAGUGCUAUGAUAAGUACUCUUGGUAGAUAUGGUAAAGUAACUAUUGCUAAGAGGAUUUUCGAAACUGCUUUUGCUGGUGGAUAUGGAAACACGGUUUACGCCUUCUCGGCUUUGAUCAGCGCUUAUGGGAGAAGUGGGCUACAUGAGGAAGCCAUUAGUGUCUUCAACUCCAUGAAAGAGUAUGGCUUGAGGCCGAAUUUGGUUACCUACAAUGCUGUGAUUGACGCUUGCGGUAAAGGCGGGAUGGAGUUUAAGCAAGUAGCCAAGUUUUUCGAUGAGAUGCAGAGGAACGGUGUGCAGCCAGAUAGAAUAACUUUCAACUCGUUGCUUGCUGUUUGCAGUAGAGGAGGGUUGUGGGAAGCAGCAAGGAAUCUGUUUGAUGAGAUGACGAAUAGAAGGAUUGAGCAAGAUGUUUUUUCUUAUAAUACGCUUUUGGAUGCAAUUUGCAAAGGUGGGCAGAUGGACCUUGCUUUCGAAAUCCUUGCUCAGAUGCCAGUUAAGAGAAUCAUGCCUAAUGUUGUAAGUUAUAGCACCGUUAUUGAUGGGUUUGCAAAAGCCGGAAGAUUUGAUGAAGCUCUUAACUUGUUUGGUGAAAUGAGAUAUCUUGGUAUUGCAUUAGAUAGAGUUUCUUACAAUACAUUGCUUUCAAUCUACACUAAAGUUGGUAGAUCUGAAGAAGCUUUGGAUAUUCUGAGAGAAAUGGCAUCUGUUGGGAUUAAAAAGGAUGUUGUGACUUAUAAUGCUCUUCUUGGAGGAUAUGGGAAACAAGGGAAAUAUGAUGAAGUGAAGAAAGUUUUCACUGAGAUGAAGCGAGAGCAUGUGUUGCCUAACUUACUGACUUAUUCAACUUUGAUCGAUGGGUACUCGAAGGGGGGUUUGUAUAAAGAGGCAAUGGAGAUAUUUAGGGAGUUUAAGAGCGCCGGAUUAAGAGCUGAUGUUGUUUUGUACAGUGCAUUGAUUGAUGCAUUGUGCAAGAAUGGGUUGGUGGGUUCUGCUGUUUCUUUGAUCGAUGAGAUGACAAAGGAAGGAAUUAGUCCUAAUGUUGUAACUUAUAAUUCCAUAAUCGAUGCCUUUGGUCGUUCUGCAACUAUGGACAGAUCAGCCGAUUAUAGCAAUGGUGGAUCUUUGCCUUUCUCUUCUUCUGCUCUGAGUGCAUUGACUGAAACAGAGGGUAAUCGGGUAAUACAGUUAUUUGGGCAGUUAACAACUGAGAGUAACAACCGAACGACGAAAGAUUGUGAGGAGGGUAUGCAGGAGCUCUCCUGUAUAUUGGAAGUUUUCCGCAAAAUGCAUCAGCUGGAAAUUAAACCAAAUGUUGUAACCUUUUCAGCGAUUCUGAAUGCUUGCAGUCGGUGUAACUCAUUUGAAGAUGCAUCAAUGCUACUAGAGGAGCUCAGGCUGUUUGAUAAUAAGGUAUAUGGUGUUGUUCAUGGACUUCUCAUGGGCCAGAGAGAGAAUGUAUGGCUCCAAGCUCAGAGCUUAUUUGACAAAGUAAAUGAAAUGGAUGGUUCGACUGCUUCUGCCUUCUACAAUGCCCUAACUGACAUGCUUUGGCACUUUGGCCAGAAACGAGGUGCAGAACUGGUGGCACUUGAGGGAAGAUCUAGGCAAGUUUGGGAAAACGUGUGGUCUGAUUCUUGCUUGGACUUACACCUCAUGUCUUCUGGAGCUGCACGUGCAAUGGUCCAUGCGUGGCUACUAAACAUACGCUCCAUUGUCUAUGAAGGUCAUGAGUUACCUAAAGUCUUGAGGUUGAAGUUUUUGGUCAUACACUAUGAUUAUAGUGUCUCUGUAGAUACUUUGCUUAUGUGAUGUGGUCAUGUUUCGCAAAUCUUUUGUGAUCCCCUCAACUUUUAUCACUAUCUGGGUUAGUUCAAAACUUGUUAAUAACUUUUUCUUAUUGUGGCAGUAUAUUGACUGGCUGGGGGAAACACAGCAAAGUGGUUGGAGACGGAGCACUAAGACGAGCGGUUGAAGUUCUUUUGAGGGGAAUGGAUGCACCAUUCCACCUGUCAAAAUGCAACAUGGGACGGUUCACAUCAAGCGGUUCGGUGGUAGCAACUUGGCUGCGUGAAUCAGCCACACUGAAACUCUUAAUCCUCCAUGACCACAUAACAACCGCCACAGCUACUACUACAACAAUGAAAUCAACAGACCAACAACAACGGAAACAGACGUCGUUUGCUUUACAGCCUCUUCUUUUGUAGCUUAGUGUAUGAUGUAAAAGUAAAACAAUUUGUGUUGAUCAUUAAAGUGUAUAGGACCAAUGGUCCUAACAAUGUUUGGCUCUGUGCUAAUAUUUGUAACAAAGCAACUCGAUUGAUUAUGUGAAAAUCGUUUUGUCUUUUUCUUUUCUUAAAGAUAUGUAAGAAUAAAUAUUUUAAAGCAAAUCUCGAGAUUUAUUAG